CUUGUGGCAGCGCCAUUUUGAACGUGCAGCCGCCUCGGGCGUGAGUCCUUCGGGGUAGGGCAGCCGGCGUGGCGACCUAGGUGUCUUCUCUGACUUUGUCCUUCCAUAUUCCGUUUCUGUAGGUAUAUAUAGUGAUACAGCUAUAGAUCUAGAAUUCUAUCCGGCAUAAGUGAACUCACUAAGAUGAUGUUAAGAGGAAACCUGAAGCAAGUACGCAUUGAGAAAAACCCGGCCCGCCUUCGCGCUCUGGAGUCUGCGGCAGGCGAGAGCGAGCCGACGGCCGCCAUGGCGCUCGCGCUGGCUGGGGAGCCGGCGCCACCUGCCCCGGUGCCCCCGGAGGACCACCCCGACGAGGAGAUGGGCUUCACCAUCGACAUCAAGAGCUUCCUCAAGCCGGGCGAGAAAACGUACACGCAGCGCUGCCGCCUCUUCGUGGGGAACUUGCCCACGGACAUCACGGAGGAGGACUUCAAGCGGCUCUUCGAGCGCUACGGCGAGCCCAGCGAGGUCUUCAUCAAUCGGGACCGUGGCUUCGGCUUCAUCCGUUUGGAAUCCAGAACACUGGCUGAAAUUGCAAAAGCAGAGCUGGAUGGCACCAUUUUGAAGAGCAGACCUCUCCGAAUUCGUUUUGCUACACAUGGAGCAGCCCUAACUGUCAAGAACCUCUCGCCGGUUGUUUCCAAUGAGCUUCUAGAGCAAGCAUUUUCCCAGUUUGGUCCAGUAGAGAAAGCCGUUGUGGUUGUGGAUGAUCGUGGUAGAGCUACAGGAAAAGGUUUUGUAGAAUUUGCAGCAAAACCUCCUGCACGAAAGGCUCUGGAAAGAUGUGGUGAUGGGGCAUUCUUGCUAACAACGACCCCUCGUCCAGUCAUUGUGGAGCCUAUGGAGCAGUUUGAUGAUGAAGAUGGCUUGCCAGAGAAGCUAAUGCAGAAAACUCAACAAUAUCAUAAGGAAAGAGAACAGCCACCACGUUUUGCUCAACCUGGGACAUUUGAAUUUGAGUAUGCAUCUCGAUGGAAGGCUCUUGACGAAAUGGAAAAGCAGCAGCGUGAACAGGUUGAUAGAAACAUCAGAGAAGCCAAAGAGAAACUGGAAGCAGAAAUGGAAGCAGCUAGGCAUGAACACCAAUUAAUGCUAAUGAGGCAAGAUCUAAUGAGGCGUCAAGAAGAACUCAGACGAUUGGAAGAACUCAGAAACCAAGAGUUGCAAAAACGGAAGCAAAUACAACUGAGACAUGAGGAAGAGCACCGUCGCCGUGAGGAAGAAAUGAUCCGACACAGAGAACAGGAGGAACUCAGGCGACAGCAAGAAGGCUUUAAGCCAAACUAUAUGGAGAAUAGAGAACAGGAAAUGAGAAUGGGUGAUAUGGGUCCCCGUGGAGCAAUAAACAUGGGAGAUGCAUUUAGCCCAGCACCUGCUGGUAACCAAGGUCCUCCUCCAAUGAUGGGUAUGAAUAUGAACAACAGAGGAACUAUACCUGGCCCACCAAUGGGUCCUGGUCCUGCCAUGGGACCAGAAGGAGCUGCAAAUAUGGGAACGCCAAUGAUGCCAGAUAAUGGAGCAGUGCAUAAUGAUAGAUUUCCACAAGGACCGCCAUCUCAGAUGGGAUCACCUAUGGGGAGUAGAACAGGUUCUGAAACCCCUCAAGCACCAAUGAGUGGUGUAGGUCCUGUUAGUGGUGGUCCUAGUGGUUUUGGUAGAGGAAGCCAAGGGGGCAACUUUGAAGGCCCUAAUAAGCGUCGUAGAUAUUAAACGUUCUUUCAUUCCUGGCUACUUAGAGAAAAAAAAACCUCCGUGGUAUGCCUUUAUACUUUUACCUGUUACCUGGAAGAAAUGGUUUUAUUGUUAAUGUAUGUAGACUUUAAAGUUUUUCUUUUGUAAAACUUGAGGUUUUUGUAUUUUUCUUUAUUCAUACAUAAGCUUUGUAGAUUAGAAUGGUGAUGAUGCUCAUCAUUGUGAAUGUUAAAAUGUGUUUGUGACUUUAGCUAAAUAUAAAUAUGCCAUAGAACUGUGAAGUCUAUGUAGUUACUUAAUCUCAAUAAAGAAAUCAUUUUGGAUAAUUUACAAAUGUUAUUAGUAUUCUCUCAUAGUUUUACUAAACUUUGCUGUAACAGUAGUACUUUGGUUGCUUUAAUUAAUUCCAGCCAUUUAAAAAUGAAAAUGAUUUUCUGCUUUUUAGGUUGUGCAAGUAGCACUGAAGAUAGAAGCUUAGUGAAAGCUAAUGUCAAUAAGGGGUAGAUAGAAUAGUAUAUCGGGGAGGGGUGGGGAUGGGAGUUUACAUUUGUAUAAACCAUUGAUGUUCUUUCUGUGAAAUCAGAGUUGCUGUCUACAUUUCAUAUAGAUUCUAAAUAUUCAAAUAUUCUGAGAAGGAAUAUUAAGGGUAUCUUUGUCCUGUGCUGAUUUUUUCAAAUAAAUCUUUUGAAUCUUGGAAAAAAAAACACUGUUUGGAGGCAAAUCUCUUUUGCUUAUAAAAUAAUGUCUAUUUUUAAUCUAACCUGCUAUUAUUUGGUGUCAGUAUCUAGAUCUUACCCUUUAAAUUUCCUUACAAUCAUGUUAGGUUGGAUGUUCCAUGAAGAUUUGGUGUGAUUUAGAAGAAAUAGGCAUUUCUUGAGAAUGUUGUUUCAUGGAAGUACUAAAGGCGGAUUAACUCUGCUGUGUUGUAAAUAUCUUCCUGUAGUUGGGUAAGUCUCUCCAGUGAAACGUGUCUGACAGGCUAGUUGUGUUUGUUUCCAAGGGAAACAGUUCAAGUGGUGUUUGGGGGAAAUAAAAACAACAAUGAAAAGGAAAACAGGAAAUUGAGAAUGUGGCUAACUAAGGGCAUUGGAAUCGGAUUAGACCCCUGAAGUUUGAUUUUCAGUACUAGGGAAAAACUGAUUUAAUCACAUUAUAAUUGUUAUUCUAAAACAAAGUCCUCACUAUAUUUAAAAUUUUGUAUGUUAGCCACGUCUAAUUUAAAAUUACAUUUACGGAAUUUUAUAUUCACCUUAAACCACAAAUCGAAUGCGUCAGCCAUUGAUCAUAACGUAGUUAUUUCUCAUAUAACAUUGCAGUGUGUUACUGUAUCAUACUUUUAGCAUUUUCAUGAAGAAUAAUGUGCUAUUUUGAAAUGAAUAGUAUGUAAAUAUUAAUUCAUUUUUGCAUGGUAUAUGUUUAUGCUGGAAGGCAUACUUUGGAAAGAAAUAAAUUUGGUUAAUUUAAAAUCUUGCACAGAAGCAGUUAGGUAUAAAGCAAAACUGAGAUGCAUUCCUUUGUAACGGUGAAAAUUUUCUUGUGUACUAUUUCACGUUCUAUUUUUUAGACACAGCAGUAUGGAUGGAAUUUUCUAAAAUUGUGGUAUUCAUAGACUUUUGUUUUUGGCAAAUCUUUAAAAACAUGAUUUGGAGAUUAUAAAAUAAUAGUCAAAGACUGUUCUCAUCACAUUUUCCAUGUACAUGAGUUGGCAGGGAGUGGGAUUAUUUUAUUAAUUAAGUACAGUAUAGGGAGUUUUAACAUCAACUAUAAUUUUUAAAUGAUAUCUAUAGCACCUAAAUACACUUUUCCGGUCACCUGUAUUUUUAUUCAUACAAUUCUUAGGUAAUUUCUAGCACUGUAUUUUGCUUCAAAGCUUAAUUAAGAGUGGAAAAAGCUUGAUCCUUUGAUGUUAAUACCAAGCUGUUUUUGGCCAAGGUUGUGAAAUUCUGUAACAUUGGUUCAAGAACAUUUGAAAGCCAGUGCACAAGGAGAUGUCCUAAUCUUCUGAACAUUCUAGUGUCCGGCUCAACUCUGGCUCCAAGAAUUGAGUUCUACACAGCUUUUUCCUUGCAUCAAGAGAAUCUUUGUUCCAGUGCUUACCAAGUUUACCCUGGGAACAGUCAGCUUCUGAGUGACAGUCAAGUGGAGCAUCUGGGAACUUCUAGUUAUUCAGUUUUUAGUGUUUUUGUAUAAACAACUUUGUGGCUGGUUCAGUCAAUAUUUUUUUCUGGUCAAUCAGCAUACAUACCAGGAAAGAUAUUUAAAUGUCAUUUUCUUAAAAGCAGUAGAUAUAAAAAUAAAUAAUAGUAUUAGCUUUUUAAAAUAAGUGUGAAUUUGUCAUGUUACCAUAAUUCUGUCCAUAAAAAGGUAAUUUGAAACAUCUUAGAAUUAUAAUAUCACAAUAUUGUGUUUCUUUUUGUGUCAUGAUUUGAAACACUCAGUUUGAAGUCUGUAGGAUUUAGAUCUCAUGGCAAUUAAUAUGUAAUUUGCACAAAAUAAAGGAAUACCCAUUUUCCUAAUUAUUUUGUCAGAAUUUCCCCAUUUUUGUUUUGAAAAUAAACAAACUUGGACAGAUCUAGUUUUUACAGAACUUACGGUUCACCCAUAUUUCAUAAAGCUCAAUUUGUUAUUCCUUGAAUUUUUGAGUUUUUCUAUUUAAAAUGAGUACCGAUCAUUCAACGAAAGCGAUUAAAUAUUUCUUUUUAACCCUACAGUAUCAGUAAUAUUGGGGAAAAAGUAACCUGGUUUCACCAGAAUUGCCAUUUAAUAGAACUAGAAAUAUCAAUAAGGACAGUAAUGAAAUGUUGGAUCUUGUUUCUCAAAUACUAAUUGAAAUUACACCUUUACAUUUUAUGCAAAAACAUACUUUGAACAUUUCAGUAACUUGGUGUUUAUAUUUGAAGUCUGUAGUAAUUUGCUGAAUAUCAGCGUGAAUGAUUAAUAGUCACUAAGUAAUAUUCGGGGAUUUGGUUGAUAAUUACAACCUAGAUUCUGAAUGAGAAAAAGAUACAUGGUGUGAUUGAAAGAAAAUGCCUUGUGAGAGAAUGUGAUCAAAUUUAUGUUUAAGCUUUUUUAAAAAGGUUUGAAAUUUAUUGUCUAAUGGAACUAGUCAGAAAUCAAAGGAAUACAUUAUUUUGCAUAAGUAGAGGAAAAUUUCUGGGGAAUGUUGUGGUAUUUAAAUGUUCUGUGUGUGCUGUUGUGUUAUAAUGUCUAAUAAUAUGUUAAAAUAAAUUCCUGAAAUAUGAAAGGGUAGUAAUGAUGUAAAAAACUCAGACUUAAUACUUUCAAGAAUAAGAUGGUGAACACCCACAUAUCUAACUCGUAGAUUAGACAGUUGUAUUUUUCUGUGCUUGCUUCAUAGAUAGUUGUAGACAUGAACUUAUUUAGUGGGGAGAGGUGGGAACUACUUCAAAGUAAGUAACAAGUCCAUCAAAGUUGUAUAGACCCAUGUGGGUUUAUUUCAUCCUAAAGAAAGCAGGAUUAAAUAAAUUGAGAGUAGUUUUAUUUUGUUUAUUUUAAAGUUUAUUAAUCUGAGAGAGACGCAGCAGGGGCAGAGAGAGAGGGAGAGAAAGAAUCCCAAGUAGGCUUCGCGCCGUCAGUGCAGAGCCCAGCACAGGGCUCGAACUCACGAACCUUGAGAUCAUGACUUGAGCCAAAACCAAGAGCCGGUCGCUUAACUGAUGGAGCCACCCAGGCGCCCUGAGAGUAGUUUUAUAUUUCACAAGAGCAUUAUAUCCUUUCCUGCAUCCUUCAGAACUAAGUUUCUAAAAAUAGGAAACAAUUUUAGUGUGCUUACUUUACAUAAUUGUUUUUCACAGUUGUGUAAAAUAAAGCAUGCAUAGCUUCCUGAGUGAAUGUGGACAGGUAAUUCAUAGAAUGUCGCUCUGGGGAAAUGCGAAGAAUUUCAUUAUUUUUAUAGUAUCUAGUCUUAAGUUUUUAAAAAAACAGUAUCUGAUUAAGAUCUGUAUUUUGCAUUGUAUGUUGUAUUAGGUUUUUUUUUGUUGUUGUUAAAAGCACUUGUCUUCUAAGUGUAGAAAAAACAGUUUGGAAGUUUCUUUUGUUUACUGGAUUACUGAAUAGCAGUAUUGGUGAUUGAAGUUUGAAUCUUACAUGACUGAAUAUUUAAAGGCCCAACCAGAACACUGUUAUCUUGGGAAUAUUACUUGACUUCUUGCCUUUUUCUAUAAAAUCACGUUUAGGUUAUAAAUAUCUCCAAGGUUUCCUUUUGGUUGAAACUUACUCUUUGAUUAUUUUUUAUUUACUUGGUGGAAUCAGUGGUAUGUACUUUGUUUUAUGAUGUAUAGUUUUCCUUUUCAGUAAGAGAGGAUUUUAUUUUCUAGAUGGAGAAUUUUCUAGAUUUUCUAGAUGGAGAAUACUGCAUUUCUUAAAGUGAGCUAGCCAGAAUUCAUAGCGCACAUUAAAAAAAGUUAUCUUUCAAGGAUAUUGUUUUAUGGCUUGAAUCACUGUUACCAGGACCAACUCUUCCUUCCUUUGCAACAGAUACUAGGUUUCGUUGACUAUAUUUAUAUAAAAACCCUAAGGUAGAAUUACUGUUUGCUUUCUGAAUUAAAGAAGUUGAUUUUAAAAGAUGGUAUUGUGCUUGUACAUGUACAUAAAAUUUCACUUCUUAUACAGUAUAAUUCAAAUUUCAUGUAAGGUACGUCCGUCUUAAAGUUAAGACUAGUUAGUAGGAUUAGAUACAAUUAAGAAGUGUAUUUAGUUUGAAUACAUGAUUUUUGAAUUUUCAACUUUUUUUUAAAGUAUAGUUAAUAAGAAAUGGUUUUUAUUCAUUAAAAAUGAGGGCCCUGCAUUGCAUGAACAGUAACAUAUAGACGUUAAUUGAAUAGUAAUGUAAUGGACCUUGUGUUUCUUAAAUGCUCUGUGUAAGUGUGUUUUUGGUAAUGUUCAAGACUUUGGAACUGAUAGUGAUAUCUAUAAUUUGUUUCUAGUUCUGAAAUCAUCAUUUCAGAUAUUUAACGUAGGAUAUGUAUGUAUAUGAGGUACUGUCAAAGCUUAAAGGAGUAGCCACAGUAAUCCGUUACGUUUUGUGUUACAUCCCUGCCUGGAUCUCUAAGACAUACUCUUCCUUGUUCCAUCUUCAUUAUGCAAAAUGUCAACUUAGCAGACUUUGGUGAAUGCAGAUGAGAGUUUGUGUAUAUUUUGGGGUUUAGGAAACUAUAUAAAUACAAUCCUAUUGCUAUUUGCCAUGUUUGGCCUACGAAUUACCUACAUUUUAAUUUUUGUAUUCUUGUUGGAACAAUUUAUCUUGCACAGGUUAUUUAUAUUGUUUUAUUGUACAUUUUGCCAGAAUAAGUUUUUCCUCAGGGUAUUUUCAGAUUAUUAGAUAACAUUAAUCAGUAUCAAAUAUGAUGCAUUGCUUAGAUUUACAAAUGUCUGGUGUUCUUAUGUAAUGAGAAAAAGUAAACAAUUUAAAACAUAGUGAUUCUCUUUUAAUUUGUGAUCUUUUUAGAAGUGUUGGAGGUAGUAGUAACUUACUCAGUGGUUAUUGCUUAGUUUAUAAUGCAAAUUCUUAGAAUUGGUUAGAAUAUUUACAUGUUCAUGGACUUGGUUAGAAUAUUUUAAACAUUAGGGAUCCACAGUUCAGCAAAGUGAACAUAAAAAUCAGAGUGUCUACAAAGUGAUACUUUCUCAGUCAUAAGGAAUUUAUGGGGGAGCCAUGUCAUUCAGAAUUGUACUAUACCCAUGUAUUUAUUUUACCAGUAUGUAUUGAAGGGUCCUAUUGUUUGCCGUACCUGUUCUCAAGGCUGAGAGCUACAACUGUAGAAAAACAAAAUCCCUGUUCUAAAUUAAAGGACAAAAGUCAUGAACCAUCCUCCAGAUUAGUAGUUCUCACACUUAAGUGUGCAUUAGAGUCAUCUGGAGGGCUCAUUAAAACAGCUUUCUGGGGCCCACCCCACAGUUUUCUCAUUCAGCAGGUCUCAGGUAGGACUAAGUAAUGUACAUUUCUAACAAGUUCCCUGGUACUGAUGUUGGGUUUGGGCACCCCACUUUGAGAGUCUCUGUUCUAAAGUAUCAAUCAAAAGAACCACUGUAACAUUUUUGGUUGGUUGAUUUUUGUUGGUGGUGGUGUAGGUCAUUGUCCUGCUGUUUAGGAUCCCUGGCCAGUCAUUGAGACCAUCCAAAUACUCCCAAACUUUUCUCUGCCAAUUGACGAGUACCACACAAAAGCCAUUAAAA